AUGGCGCGCUGCGAGCGCGCAGGAGGGCGGCAUCGUGGCAACUCUGGACCCGCGGUGCUCUUUAAAGGAGGCCCGAGGGCGCGUGGCGAGGGGGCAAAGCUGAGACCGGGAUGGGGAGCUGAGCAGACAGGGGCUCUGGCGCCUACGGCGAGCGGGUGCCAACAGGACCUUGGCGUUCCUAAGGCCGGCGAGCGGGCACCUGCGACGGCCACCUGUGUGCGCUUCUCCUUCUUAGCCUUGGCAGUAAAGAAAUCACAUUCUGGAAAGGUGGUUGAAAAAUUCUACAGAUUACAGAAUUUUCUUUGGCUUUCAGAGACGUCCCAACGCUUGCUCAUGGGAAAGAAAGCAACUAAUCGGAGUGGAAACUCUGCCCUCGUCCUAUGGAUAAUGAUCUUUGCGAGUGCCCAUCCCUGA